AUGAAUUCAUUAAUUCGAUCUGAUAUGACAUUUAAUAAUCCAAUACCUUGGAGAGCGGCUAUCGAUCGAUUGAAAUUUCAAAAGCGAUCUUGUACAACAUUCAUCCCAAAAGAAACAAAUAAAGAAUGUUGCGUUUGCAAUUAUACUCAUUCGAAAAGUGACGUCCCACAUGCAAAUGAAGUAUGGAAUUGGAAAAUGCACACAAAACAAGAAUUUACUAAUUGUUAUGGAAUAUUACCUCAAUCAACCAGUCCUUAUUUACGAUGUGAUGUUGAAACCGACCUUGAACAACUUUGUUUUGUAUUGUUGGGUGUAUGGGGUAUGGCUAUUCCUAGUCUUAUUAUGCGAAUGAUAGGCGAUAUAGAUACAACGCCAAAUAUCAAAAUAGAGAAAGAACUUUUACAAAGUAUUUCUGAUGCUGCUGUUGCAUCCGAUGCAUGGAUUAUUACAAAUGGAUACAAAGAAGAGAGUAUUUCAGAAUUAGUCGGUGAAGUAAUGUACAAUUGUCGAAUGAAUAAUUCUCAUAUAAACUUCAGCGCAAUUGCUGUUGGUAAAUGGGGCAAUAUUCAUAAUUGUCAUAAGCUUGGCGAGAGAAAUCAUAACACACCGCUAACAACACAGAAAGGUCAUGGACGAUACAAACUAGAAUUAAAUCAUACAGAAUACAUAUUUUUCGAUGAUGGUACAUGUGAUUCAUUAGAUACAGGAGAAUUUGCCUCAAACUUCGCUCGACAAAUAUCACGUGGAGCAAGACGAAGAAUACCGCUGAUUACAGUUCUCAUCGGUGGUACUCCUCAUUCACUUUCAUCGGUAUACACUGAUUUGAAAAGAUUAGUUCCAGUCGUAAUUGUUAACGGAUGUGGACCAUUGGCUGAUACAUUAUAUAAGUACCUGAAGUUAACCGAAGGUUCUUAUAAAUCAUCAAAAAGUGAUGAUCAAGAUGGAGCAUUUAAUGAAUCUGAAGAUGAUUUAGAUAUCGCAACAAUUAAUGAAACAUUUUCCGAAGGUGAUGAUGAAACUGACGUUCCAUCGACUAAGAAAACAUUAAAAGAAAUGUUGCGAUCACUUGGUAAAUUUCGUCUCGAUUUUGUUAAUGAUGUACGAAAACUUUAUAAUAUUGUACGACAGCAAAAUUAUGAAACUCAAGGUAAAAGAUUACCUAUAGGUGAACUAUUAAGUUUAGAGGAAGAAAAAGCUCUUGGAAAAUAUUUAUAUCAAAUGGCGAGUUGUUUAAAUGCUCCUUUUCGAGAUAAUAUUCAUAUUUUUAAUAUCGAUUCAUCAAAAUCACUCAAGGAAACAAUUUACUAUGCAUUUGUUAAAGCAAGAGAUAAUCUUUCACAGACGAAGAAAAAAUAUCAUAAAACUAUUGAUGAACAAUUACAUUUGGCACUUCGAUGGAGUAUUGGUGAUACAACUGAAAAUCAAUCGGCGACUACUGCAAAGAUUUGGAAUGAUACUAAUAAAAUUAAACAAAAUCGAUUGCUCUUGAUUGAUGCACUUAGCAAAAAUAUGUUAAUGUUCGUUAUGAAUUUUAUGAAACUUGACAUAGAUUUUACCGUUUUAUUUCGUCCUACUGGUACUCCAUUGACAAAAGUUGCCACUCAUUGGUCUUAUAAAUACCAUUAUUUACAAGAAUUAUAUUCAGAUACAAAGCGUAAAAAUAAUGAUCCAUUGUAUUUACUGGAUCAGAUUAGUUCGAAGCUCACUUUUACAGAAGAAAAACAUUUAGUCACUGUUUUACAAAAACUUGUAGGUGAUUUCAUGCUUCCACUGUAUGAGACUCAAUCAGAUAUUGAAUUGAUGUCAUUGGGAACAGAACGAGAUGAUGAUAAAGAGAAUACAGAUGCUGAACAUAUAUAUCGUGAUCUCUUUCUUUGGUGUAUAUUAACUUAUCGACUUGAUAUGGCUAAAAUCUUUUUAAGUCAAUUGAAAACUCGUAUUUGUUCGGCAUUGAUUGCUUCUAAAAUUCUUAAAUCAUUAGCAGCUUAUGCACCGGAUCAAGUUGCAAAAGAUACAUUGUUUGCUAAUGCGAAUGAUUUUGAAACUCAUGCUAUUGAAUUCGUACGAUGUGCUUAUAUUAAUGAUAAACAUAAAGCAUGUGAAUUGAUUAUGCGAUGUACGAAUCUCUAUGGAGGUGUUACAUGUCUUCAAAUGGCUAUUGCCGCAGAUAACAAAAGAUUUUUACAUGAAGAUGCUUGUCAAGCUUUAUUAACGAAUAUAUGGUAUGAUAAAGUUGAUCCUGUUCAAGAACGAAAACGUCUUGUUGUUAAUAUACUUACAUUUGGAAUUUCUCAAUUUUUCAUAUCGAUUUAUCUCAAGUACUUUUCCACUUAUACUAGUGUGAAGCCGGAAAGUCAUAUCAUCAAACACGAACGUCCAAAACGACAAUUGAAAAAAAAUGGUAUCGAUUACACUGAUGAUUAUGGUGCUUAUGGAACGAUAUUUCAGCAUUUUUUCCAUUUUCACAAUCGACCCAUUGUUAAAUAUUGCUAUACCUGUUUUGGUUAUGUUCUCUUUCUACUUUUCUUCAGUUAUUAUAUGCUUUUUGCAUUCUUUCCAUUGUCAAAAGAGAAUCCCAGUAUUCAUUGGACUGAAAUAUUAACUAUCAUUACCGUAACUACCAUGCUCUUUGAAGAAAUUCGACAGUUAUUGGCUCAAGAUAAUCGAUCGUUAAUUGGCAAGAUUCGAUCAUAUUUUGAUAUAAACAAUCGAAUAUCGAAUUUAUUUCUGGUUCUGCCAGCAUAUCUUCUAUUCUAUAUUGGACUCGCUCUUCGUUUUACACAAAAAGAUACUCAGGGUUUUCUAUCUGCACGAAUAGUGAUGGCUUUAGAUUUAGAAUUAUCGUUUAUUCGUUCGGUUUUAUUCAUUGGUAUUGCUUCUGAUCUUGGUCCUAAAAUUGUGAUGAUUCGAAAAAUGACCAAUGAUCUUAUUUUAUUCAUUAUCGUCAUCGUUAUAUUUAUUUUUGGCUAUGGAGUUUCAUCAAGAUCCAUGACAGCUUAUGGCACUAUUGAUUUCAAAGGUCGAAAUAUUUUUCGUGAUAUAGUUUAUCCUGUUUAUUAUUUUGUUCAUGGUAGCUUCGAUAAUGAACGUACACAGUUGGAAGCUACACCGGAUUCUGGUACGACUAUAGUCACACAAGUCAUAUUUGCUUUUCAUAUGCUUUUUGUUAAUAUACUAUUGAUUAACUUACUGAUUGCUUUAUUCAGUUUUACAAUAAAUGAUAUUCAAACACAAGCACGUUAUGUCUGGGCGUACGAUCGCUGUGACAUCAUUCGUACUUAUCACGCGCGACCAGCGUUGUUUCCUCCAUUCACAUUUCUCAUUUCAAUUAUACAAUGUUGUCGAUGGUGCUGGAGAAAAUUACACACAAAUCGUUAUGCAAAUAAAAUAUUUCGUGAAGAACAAUCUCAAUGUUUCAAAAUGAUUCCAAUUAAUGAUGAUGUUGAUCAUGCAUGGUCAGAAUUUGAACGAUAUUCAACCAAUGGUUACAUUCGACAGUUGCUCGAUGAUCAAGCUACUGCACUUGUCAAGGGAACGACGACAGAUGUUACGUCUGACUCUACAUCAAACAAUGCUGAUGAAUUAAAGCGUAUCAAAAGUCUCGUAAUUGAUAUUCAAAAAGAUUUAGAAGACUCACAAACAGAGAAUAAUGAUAAAUUGGAGUCAAUGAAAUCUACUAUCACUGAUCUUCAAACACGAUUUGUUCAAAUGGAAAUUCGUUGUGAUCGAUGGAUUACAGAUAUGAAAGAAAUAACAACAUCAAUGAAUUGGAUGAUGAUGGCAAUGGCAAAUGCAAAAAUGGGUGAAUCAGAGCCUCCACUCAUUAGAGACACAUCAAGAACCAGUUCAAUCAGUCAAAAGCAACCGGGUGAUACUAUUUAUAAUCGAUCUAAUCAGCAAUUGAAUAAAGAAUACGCAACAGCAGGACAACCAUUGUUACAACAAGAGCAAUUAGUAACACCUGAAGUUCGUAUUGAAAUGGCUCUUCGAACAAACAAUAAUAAUGAUAUUUAG